CUGGCCGUUUGCUGAAUUCUGCCAGGGGAGGAACAAGAGAUUCGAAAGAAACUAAAGUAAAAUUUAAAAGAAGUUGAAUCAGUUUAUAUUCCCAAUUCGAAAAUGACCAAGAUACUAAGAGCGUGUAACUUAUUCAAAUCCCUCAAACAUGGCAUUACAGCUUGCAAUCGUAUACAGCGGCCGGUGUGGAGUUUGGGCAAAUCAGGAGUCCGAAUAUUCAGCAGCAAGGCACAGACAGCACAUGUGAUUCUUGACGAUGGAACAACAAUGAAAGGAGUGUCAUUUGGGUAUCCUCACUCAACUGCAGGAGAAGUCGUUUUCAACACAGGAUUGGUUGGCUAUCCUGAGACGUUGACAGACCCAAGCUAUAGAGGACAAAUCCUGGCUCUCACAUCCCCCAUGGCAGGAAACUAUGGGGUGCCAGAUACAAAGAAAUUGGAUGAAUUGGGGUUAAUGAAAUAUGUUGAGUCUGAAUUUAUCCAGGUUUCUGGAUUACUAGUGCAGGAUUACAGCCAUGACUAUAGUCAUUGGAACUCUGUUAAAUCACUCGGCGAGUGGUUACAUGAAGAAAAGAUCCCAGCCCUUUACGGGAUAGACACCAGAAUGCUCACCAAGAUUGUCCGGGAUAAGGGAACAAUUCUUGGUAAAAUUGAGUUUGAAGGUGAUCCUGUAGAAUUUGUAGAUCCCAACCUACGAAAUCUGAUGGCAGAAAUAUCAACCGAGGAAAUUAAAGUCUAUGGGAAAGGGAAUCCGAUCAAAAUCGUCGCAGUAGACUGUGGUAUAAAGCACAACAUAAUCCGACUUCUUGUGAAGAGAGGUGUUGAAUUACAUUUGGUUCCAUGGGAUUAUGAUUUUACUAAUAUGGAGUAUGAUGGACUCUUCCUAUCCAAUGGCCCAGGAGAUCCCACAUUGGCAAAACAGUUGGUUGCAAACGUACACAAGGUAAUUAAAAGCAAUCGUCCUGAGCCGAUGUUUGGUAUCUGUAUGGGGAACCAGCUGACUGCAUUAGCUGCUGGUGCCAAUUGCUACAAAUUGCCAAUGGGAAACAGAGGACAGAACCAGCCUGUGAUGAAUGUAAUGAAUGGCCAGGCAUUCAUCACUGCACAGAAUCAUGGAUAUGCCAUCGACAGUUCAUCCCUGCCAGAAGGAUGGAAGGCAAUGUUUGUAAAUGCUAACGAUGGCACCAAUGAGGGAAUCGUACAUGAGAGCAAACCCAUUUUUACUGCACAGUUCCAUCCAGAGGCAAAGGGAGGACCAACAGAUACUGAAUUCUUGUUUGAUGCUUUUAUUUCGCUAAUCAAAAAAGGAAAAGGAACCAGCAUUGCUUCGGUCAUGCCAGCAGUUCCCCCUCUCCCCGAGAGGCUUAAGGUUUCAAAGGUUCUAGUCUUGGGUUCUGGAGGCCUCUCGAUUGGCCAGGCUGGAGAGUUUGAUUACUCUGGAUCGCAGGCGAUUAAAGCGUUAAAGGAAGAAAACAUAAAAACUGUAUUAAUGAACCCGAACAUCGCAUCAGUGCAGACGAACGAGGUGGGAACUAAGCAAGCGGACACAGUUUAUUUCUUACCUGUCACCCCAGAGUUUGUGACUGAUAUUAUUAAAACAGAGAAGCCGGAUGGGAUACUGCUGUCUAUGGGAGGGCAGACUGCCCUGAAUUGCGGUGUGGAGUUGUAUAAACAAGGAGUACUAGAGAAGUAUGGUGUUCAAGUGCUGGGGACUCCUGUCAGCUCAAUUAUGGCUACAGAAGAUAGACAGCUGUUUGCGGACAAACUACUGGAAAUCAACGAGAAAAUAGCUCCGAGCUUUGCAGUAGAAUCGCUGGAGGAUGCCUUCCAGGCCGCAGAGAAGAUUGGAUAUCCUGUCAUGGUGCGGUCCGCUUAUGCGCUUGGUGGCCUUGGCUCAGGUCUGUGCAAUGACAAAGAAAAGCUCAAAGAAGUUGCUGGAAAAGCCUUGGCUAUGACCAAUCAAAUUCUUGUAGAGCAGUCACUGCUGGGCUGGAAGGAGGUGGAGUAUGAGGUGGUUCGAGAUGCAGCUGAUAACUGUGUCACUGUGUGUAACAUGGAGAACUUUGACCCUUUGGGAAUUCAUACAGGUGAUUCAGUUGUUGUAGCCCCGAGUCAGACCCUGUCCAAUGAGGAAUACCACAUGCUGCGUGAAACUGCUAUCAAGGUGGUGCGUCAUUUGAACAUUAUAGGAGAGUGCAAUAUUCAGUAUGCCCUGCACCCCUCAUCCCUAGAAUACUGCAUCAUUGAAGUCAACGCUCGGCUGUCCCGCAGCUCAGCAUUGGCCUCCAAGGCCACUGGCUACCCAUUGGCUUUUGUGGCUGCCAAACUGGCCCUGGGAAUCCCCCUACCAGACAUCAAGAAUGCAGUUUCAGGGAAGACUACUGCGUGCUUUGAGCCGAGUUUGGAUUACAUUGUGACCAAGAUUCCACGGUGGGACCUUGACCGUUUCCAUGGAGCGUCCCGAGAGAUCGGCAGUUCAAUGAAGAGCGUUGGGGAGGUAAUGGCUAUCGGUCGUACGUUUGAGGAGAGUUUCCAAAAGGCCCUGAGAAUGUGUCACCCCUCUGUGGAAGGCUUUGUGCCUCGACUCCCAAUGAAGAAAUCGUGGUCUGAUGAUUUUGACCUGCAGAAGGAUCUGGCUGUUCCAUCUAUCACCCGGAUCUACUCCUUGGCAAAGGCAUUGCACAGUGGGAUCUCGGUGGAUGAAAUUUAUGACCUGACUGCUAUAGACAAAUGGUUCCUCUACCGGCUCAAGCAAAUAGUGAUGUUGGAGAAAGAAUUAAGCAAGCUCAACAGUGAAACCAUCACUGACGAAUUGCUGUUAAAAGCAAAGCAAGAUGGAUUUUCAGACCGACAGAUUGGGGACUGCAUUGGCCUAACUGAACUCGAUGCAAGGAAGCUGAGGGUACAAAGGAACAUUAAACCACAGAUUAAGCAGAUUGACACGCUUGCUGCAGAGUAUCCAGCUAUCACCAAUUAUCUGUACUCCACCUACCAUGGAGAGGAGCAUGACUUGGAUUUCAAUGAUCAUGGAAUAAUGGUGCUGGGAUGUGGACCGUACCAUAUAGGUAGCAGUGUGGAGUUUGAUUGGUGUGCUGUCUCCAGCAUCCGAACCCUGAGGCAGCUUGGGAAGAAGACUGUGGUGGUAAACCAUAAUCCAGAGACUGUGAGCACAGAUUUUGAUGAGUGUGACAGGCUUUACUUUGAGGAGCUCUCGCUAGAAAGGAUCUUGGACAUCUACGAACAGGAGAGUUGCAAAGGGUCCAUUAUUUCUGUCGGUGGACAGAUUCCAAACAACCUGGCUGUUCCGUUAUAUAAGUAUGGUGUGAACAUUCUGGGCACCAAUCCAAUGCAGAUUGACCGUGCUGAGGAUCGUGCAGUCUUCUCCGGAGUGCUUGAUGAGCUCCAAAUUUCCCAGGCCCCAUGGAUGGCUGUCAAUUCUUUGGAUGAUGCACUUUCAUUUGCUGAGACUGUGGGCUACCCCUGCUUGCUGAGGCCAUCUUAUGUCCUAAGUGGUUCAGCGAUGAACGUAGCUCACGAUGCGACAGAGAUGAAGAAAUUCCUUGCGGAGGCGGCUCGUGUCUCUCAGGAACAUCCAGUUGUUCUCACCAAAUUUGUUGAAGGAGCUCGGGAGGUUGAAGUUGAUGCAGUUUCAAAGGAGGGGAAGGUGCUGGCUCAUGCGAUCACUGAGCACGUGGAAGAUGCAGGUGUUCAUUCCGGAGACGCAACAUUGAUUCUCCCAACACAGACCAUCAGCCAAGGAGCCUUGGAGAAGGUGAAAAUUGCAACCAGGAAGAUAUCCAGAGCGUUCGAGAUUUCUGGCCCUUUCAAUGUACAGUUUCUUGUGAAGGGAAAUGACGUGAAGGUGAUUGAAUGUAACCUCAGGGCAUCCAGAUCCUGCCCCUUUGUCUCAAAGACCAUUGGAGUUGAUCUCAUCAAUGUGGCCACGCGAGUAAUGAUUGGAGAGAGCAUGGAUGAGUCAUCCCUACCAUCACUGGAAAAUCCCAUCAUACCUACUGAAUAUGUGGGCAUCAAGGCUCCCAUGUUUUCUUGGCCACGUCUGAGGGAUGCAGACCCUAUUCUACGCUGUGAGAUGGCAUCGACUGGAGAGGUUGCUUGCUUUGGGCCAAAUAUUUAUUCUGCAUUCCUGAAGGCGAUACUGUCCACAGGCUUCAAAUUACCUCAGAAAGGGAUUCUCAUUGGAAUUCAGAGCUCCUUUCGAUCAAAGUUCCUUGACACUGCACAACAGCUUCAUGAGCAGGGAUUCAAGCUUUAUGCAACAGAAGGCACGUCAGCUUGGUUAAAUGCCAAUGAUGUGCCCACAGAACCCGUGUCAUGGCACACUGCAGAAGACCACAGCUCCUCGGCUCCUUCCUUUACCAAACUAAUUCAUGAUGGAGUCAUUGACUUGGUGAUAAACCUGCCCAACAACAACACCCGCUUUAUGAGGGAAAACUACCUGAUCCGAAGAAUGGCCAUUGAUCAUGCAAUACCCCUCAUUACCAAUUUCCAGGUGGCAAAACUUUUUGCUGAAGCGAUUAAAGACUGCGGUAAAUUGGAUUCUACCAGCCUGUACCACUACCGAGAGAAUAGUGUGAUCAGAGGAUUGCAGUGAGUGGCUGCCAUUAGCCUGGCUUGUGCAGGUCCUCACUCCAAGUGUACAAAGUUGGUUCUCUGAUACAGACAAAACCUGCUCUUGUUUGUAACAGUUUAAUAAAGAAAGAGAGAGAUUUCAUUGUGACCAUGACUUUCACCUAAUUCAGAUCUUGUUUAGGAAGUUUAAGCACUAUGUAAAUAACUCCUUGUUUUUAUUUUCUCUAUUUUCUCCCCACAAUAUGUGUAAAUGGAAAGGAGAACUUCACACUGUGAGUUAUGGUGUCUGACAGGAACAUUAAGACUACCCCACCUUCUCCUGCCUAACAGCUGGACCUAAUGAAAUACCAGCCUGAUUUGCUUCAACUCUAGAAGUCUUAAAACUCUGUCUGCCCCACAAAGCACUGUCUGAACUUCUCCAAACCCUGUGGCAUUCAUAGGAUUUCAGUUCACUACUUCGGACUGAGCAGACAAUUUAUUUGCAAUAGGAGUUAUGUCCCUCUUUCUGGGCGGCUUUCUGAGGUGUACUCCAUUGCAAGCGCUGAAGCCCCUUUGUCUUUACCUCGAAAGUGGUCCUGAAAUGAUGUGUCAGUGUCUCACUUUCCAUCAGUGAUUACAAAGCAGUGGUACAAUUUGACAUUCUACCUCGAGCAGGCAGCUAGAGUAAUGUGAUUUCUUGCAUAGGAGCAUUGGAAAUGGCCCCGUUUACAUUGACAGACAGAGAUUAGUCAGCCUAGCAUUGGAACCCAAUUAUGUGCCCUGAAUUGCCAUCUGACCCCUACCUCCAGCAUCCCCAUCCCCCUGACGAUUUUGUACUAGUGCUGACUUGAAUGAAGGAAAUAUAAAUUGCAGAUUUACAACAUAUUUUCUCAUUUUCCCCACUGCCACUGCCAUUAUAGCCUUACCAGACACUCUUCUUCUCCACUGCGUGUAUAUCUAUGUACAUUGAUGGCCCUGAAGUGGGAACAAGCUCACUGUUCUCAGCCCACACCUGUAAUACCAAUGAGAACACUGGUUCUCAGCAUCAGGUGGGCUUAUUGAUUGUGGAAAAGCACCCUCUAUGGUUUAGUGGGCACCCAUCAGUGUCAGUCACACCCCCUGGCCUCAUCACAAUAUUGCAGGAGUAGUUCCAAAGAAUGUGGAGUUGCAAAACGUCGCUGUCAGUAAGAUGUGCCUGAUGAGAUGUAACCGAUUGGCACCACAUGCCGGGCUGCAUGCUGACAGUUUUUUUUCAUAGUGCUUUGUGUUCAUUUCAUUCCGCUGCUGUAAACCAGUAUAAUUCCUUUUAACUGUAA